AUGACUAGUAGCACUUCAUCAGAUUCUCAACUCCGCCAUGCAUCGCCGGAAGCUCAAGAGAUCUUCCGGCCAACCACCACCGUAAGUCCACACCCAGAACGUCAGAACCCUAGAAAGAAACGAACAAAGAGGAUCAAACCCCAGAACAUGAAUGGCAUUUUUGUUGGUGGUGGUGGUGGAAGUUCCGGUAGUCAUUCAAGAAAACCCAAAUACAUAAAGAAACCCGACCCGAAUGCUCCUAAAAUCACCCAACCCUGUAGCGAAUGUGGGAAAAUGUUUCCGUCAUCGAAGGCUUUGUUUGGCCACAUGCGUUGCCACCCUGAACGGCCAUGGCGGGGGAUCAAUCCACCACCACCAUCAUCCAAUCUCCACCACACUCCGCCGCUCAUGGCGGCAGAUGAUGGUAAUAGUAAUACUAAUACCCUUCCAACCACCACCGAAGACCACUAUCUCGCGUCUUGCUUGCUAAUGCUGUCCAAAGCUUCAGCGACGUCGUUUAAGUGCACUAGUUACAAAAAGGUGUUUGGGACCCACCAGGCGUUAGGUGGGCACAGGGCUAGUCAUAAGAACGUGAAGGGCUGUUUUGGAAUAAUGAGAAAUGAAAGGGGUGUGGAGUUCAAGGACGGAGAGUUGGAGGGCCACUUUGAUAAUAAUUUGAUGAUGAUUGUGGGGAGUAGUGGUAGUGAACAUAAGUGUAGUAUUUGCUUAAGAGUGUUUCCAAGUGGACAAGCACUUGGUAGGCAUAAAAGGUGUCAUUGGGAGAAAGAUGAUGGUGUUGUACCAGCUGCAUCAACAUUUGUACUCUUCCCCUCAAAGUGUAAUGUCGAUUUGAAUUUGCCUCCCCCUCGAGAAGAUUAUUCAAGUUCUUCAAAUUUAAAUUUGGAUUUAAAGUUAGGGCUUUGA